CGGGGGCGCGGAAGCGGCGCUUGCACCCGCGCCGCCGCCGAGAUUGCGCCUGCGCGGUGUGGAGCGUUGUACCCAGACCACGCCUGCGCGUCGCGGCCGAGGGCCGGGGUGGUGGUCAUGGACCCCAUAACGCCGCCGAGUGAGCUGGUGUCUGCCGAGGGCCGGAACCGGAAGGCGGUUCUUUGCCAGCGCUGUCGCUCCCGCGUGCUACAGCCAGGCACGGCGCUCUUCUCCCGUCGGCAGCUUUUCCUUCCGUCCAUGAAGAAGAAGCCAGCGCCGGCGGAUGGCGGCAGUCCCGAGGGUGACCUGCUGCAGGAGCACUGGCUGGUGGAUGACAUGUUCAUCUUCGAGAACGUGGGCUUCACCAAGGAUGUGGGCAAUGUCAAGUUUCUGGUGUGCGCAGACUGUGAGGUCGGACCCAUCGGCUGGCAUUGCCUAGAUGACAAGAACAGUUUCUACGUGGCCUUGGAGCGGGUUUCCCAUGAGUAACGGAGGGGAGGGCCUCGGCCCCACCCCACCAUAAAGGCUGCUCCCCCGGGCCUGGCCCUCCCCCACGGUGUGACUCUGUCGCCAUGUCACCGCGCCUUCUCUGGGCUGACACCAGCCAUCGGAGUGCGUGCCUGCAUCAGUUCACUAAUCUCCUGCCUCCUCCCCCCAUACACACACACCCGGGUUAGGACACGGGGGACUUCCACAAGCCUUCCUCCCCCGCGCCAUACCCAGGGCUCCUGUUCCUGCCCUCGGAGAGCAGCCUUCAGCCUCUUAGCCACCACACGCGGCAAGGGGUGCUUGUGGGCUGAUGCUUGAAACACACCUUUUUCUCCCAUUCAAGAAAGCACACAGGCGUCUGAGAGCAACUUUGCUGUGUGGCUACCUUUAUCUCCAGUAAUUUAUUUCUAAAAGUAAAGCAUUGACAAACCAUGGGAUUGAAACCACUAAGGCAACGUCCUUUGGACACACCUCCAAUACCACGUUCAAGGGCCUCUGUGCUAGGCUGACACGGACUUUUUAUCACGAGGUGGGCUGUGGUCGCUCUUUCCUUCAGAUGUUGAUGUGGCUUCUCUUUUUUUUUUGGCUUCUGAAAGCUGCACCUGCACAGCAUAAGGAAGGAAGUUGUUCCCAGGCUAGGGGUUAAAUAGGAGUUACAGUUGCCGGCCUACACCACAGCCAUAGCAACUCAGGAUCCGAGCCGUGUCUGCAACCUACACCACAGCUCACGGCAAUGCCGGAUCCCCGACCCACUGAGGGAGACCAGGGAUCGAACCACAUCCUCAUGGAGACGAGUCACAUUUGUUUCCACUGUACCACGAUGGGAACUCCAAUGUGGCUUCUCUUUAUGUUAGGUCCCCACUCCUAUAGCCAGUAAAUUGAAAAUCUGAGUUUCAAUGCCAUCUAUCGGCCAACCCAAGGACAACUCAGCCCUGGAUGUUUUCCCGGGAUCACUGGGAUCAGAGUGUGGAACACAAGGGGAUAGGCCUUUGCCACAUUACACACGAGUUUAUAGGCCUGUCUUAUCUGGACACGUCACUCUUGCUUUGCUCCUGGGAAAGAUGUCCUUAACGGAUGGUGCGUCGUUCCUGCACCUCCCGGACGUGGCCCUCGCCCAGACUGCUUUAGGGGGAAUCUCUAGACCAACGCAGAAGCCAGAUGUGCCAUCCAGAUGCCACUGUCUAUAGCCGUGCGCUUGCCUUAAGUGUGAUGUUCGGUGUGCUUACUCAGUUCAUCAGUUCUCGGCUGAAGCGGCCCACCGUCUCAAAGGGAAUCCCUACAGCCAGGUUUUGCCCCUGCCCCCCAAUCCCCACCUCUGACGCGCAGGAGACCCAGGACGGAAAUGAGGACUAAAUAGAGACCGCGCAAACCUGCUGGCGCGAUGCGUGUUUUCUGCGUGUUCCCUCCCUCCUUCUUCCUCAGAACUUACUUGAAGUGUUCCCCAACUUCAGUGUGGGCCUCGGGCACGGUUUUGCAAUUAACCUCCUCUCCAGGAAAGGUGGUUCCUUCCCUGCCCGUAGCCACAUGAGCUCUGCUAGAAAAGGAGGGGACUCGUUCCAGACACGGUCAUGGAUUUUGACGUUUGCAGGAAACCUAAGAAGAUCCACUCGGGUCAGAAGGAGCAAAACCAAGCAGAUGCUUCCGGGUGCUUGUGGCUCUCCUAUCAUGAGCCAAAACCAAUUCACCUUUUGCUUUUCUUUCCCUUUUUUUAUAAUUUUUUUUUUUUUUUCUUUUCUAGAGCUGC